AUGACUAAGGCAGCCAUUGAAAUAUGUUUACAAAGGAAAUUAUUAAGUGUUAGCUGUGCACUCAAGAAUGGUCACCUGUGGUUUGCUGUUACAGAAGCAGAACCCCCAGCACAAGUAUUUUUGUUGCCAUGUGCAGUAUGUGGACGAACAUUCCGUCCAGAAUCACUACAAAAACACUCAAAAGUUUGUGAACGCAAUGCCACAAAGAAACGAAAAAUUUUUGACUCUUCAAAGCAACGUAUUCAGGGCACUGAAUUGGCAGAGUUCUUGCCAGCACUACACAUGCAGCAAGCUAAAAAAAUAGAAAAAUGCAGAACAGCAGCACGGCAGAAGUCGCAAUGGAAGGAAAAGCAUCUUGAAUUUAUGCGUGCCAUACGCGCAGCGCGGCAAGUUGAGAAACCUCUUUCACCAAGAGCCAGCGCUGUACUUACAAGGCCGCCUGAAAGUGAAAGAUGUCCACAUUGUGACAGACAAUUUGGUCCAAAAGCUUUCGAUCGACAUAUUGAGUGGUGUCGUGAGCAGAAGGCCCGUGUGCCAAAGUCACCAGCAAGUAUUAAGGCAAAGGAGAGACUAGAAGCAAGGCUAAAGUACCGAGCACCAGUAAUUCGCAGAAUAUCCAUCCGAGAAAAAUAUUCUCCACAGGCACAACGUAAAGUGUCUGAUACUUCAGUACAUAACUCUACAGAUGUAAUACAGUCUAAGAGUCAGGCUCCUAGCACAAUGCCAUCAAAUUCAGGUCAGCAGGAUACAUUAGUUCCAAGACAGAAAUCACCGUCCAAUAACACUCAGUGCAAUAGAAGUAAUAUUACCAGUACCAGAAGCAAAUCAAGUGCAAAGAAAAUAUCACAGCGAUCUGAGCCAGAUGUGAAGAAAUCUCCCAACACUGGUGUUAAAAGUGCCAUCAGUGAAAGAAAACAAAUUUCAUCACAGACAAACAGAACUAAAGCAAAGAAGGAGGAGAAAACAAUAAUUAAUAACCAACAUGGAAUUUCAAGAGGGAAAAGGCCAGCAACAUUAGAUAACAAGCCAGCAGAAAAUUCUAAAUCUGCUCCACAGCCAAAUAAGACUGAAAAUGAUAAUGCACAUUCCCACAGCACUGAAGAAGUCUACAAUCCAUUUGUGUCUGCUGAACGCCAGAUGAUGGAACUUCUAGCAGAUGAUGGACCAGUGACUCCAAAAGUAACGUCGCGAGUAGAAGUUCAUUCAGCGCCACCUUAUCCUAAGCAAAAUCCUACUUCCUUGCCCACAAAUAAUGCUCGUGCAGGACUGCAUUCUGCACCUGUUGCUCAUAAAACAGUGGAAAGUAAUAAUUUUACACCUACUAGCUCCUCUGGACCUUCUGAAAGUUCCCUCCUUAAUUCGAGUACAGAAAAUGUUAAUUCCUCAUUGACACCACCGAUGGGUACUGACUGUACAUAUGAUACAUUACAGUCACCGCCUGUUUGGUCAGGUUCUCUUCAAGAACUAGAUGACAUGCUGAACCAUGGUAUUAUUCCAUACGAUAUUGCUGAAAGUUUAUAUGCUGGGUCUGAUGAAAGGGGGUCCUCUCUUAGUUUAUGUAGUUUGCAAUUCCUUGAUCAUAUGUCUAGUCAGGAAAGCAGUUCAACAAGAAAAAUUUCAAAAAUACGUGCAAAGAUGGAGGAAGCAUCUUUGCAGUUACAGAAAUCAGUGGCAUUACAUGACAGCUCUACAGAGUUAACAGAGGAACCUAAUGAUAGAUUUAAAGGAUUUUCUGAUAAUGAUAACCUGCCUUGUUCUUUUCCCCAAACAUCCUUCUUCCUUUCCAGACCUGAUCCCAACAUCAGCACUGACACUGUCUCAUUGUCUGGCUCAGACGGCCUUGUAUCAAGGAAAUUGUAUGGUGACCUAGACUGCGAGAGUGAAUCUGGUGAGAAGGAGAAAGCAGAUGAAGUUAUUCACCAUAAUUCGCAAUUAAUGAAAAUGAAUCUUGAAGAUGAUAUAUAUUGCAAGGAGAAUGUAACCAGUAAGCAGUAUUCAGCUACUGGAAAACAUAGUGUUGACUCUGCAUACAGUAGUCUUAACCGUCAGUCACCCAAGCAGUAUGCACAAGAACAAGAGCACUGCAAUGCCAUAAGUUCCAGUGGGUCAGAAUCUUCUUUACCAACACUAUGCAAGGAAGAGGUACCCAGGCCAGGUACUGGAGACACAGUUAUUCUGUCUCAUAAUCAUGAUCACAAAAAAGAACAUCAACAAGGAGCAGUAAUAUCCCACCUGCCCAAAUUUUGUCAUGAGUGUGGAGCUCAGUAUCCUGUGAGCGUAGCAAAGUUUUGCUGUGAAUGUGGUGUUCGAAGACUUUUAAUAUGAAUCAAUGCAUUCAGUAUUGUAUUAUGUAAGGUGCCUUAACCUUUGUGAUGAUUGUGCUGUAAAAAGCACUAAUUAACCAAAAUUGUGUGCUAGUCCUAAUUGACUUACAUGACUGGAAUGUAAUAUGUACAAUUCUAAUAUUUAUAGCAGAAUCUCCCUAAUAUGGUGGCAGUUACUUAUUUGUAAGAAUAAUGAUGUGAACCGUUGUAUGAGACCUUUGUAAUUUUGUUGUUCAAAAUGUCUAUUUAUAUGGUGUUACGCAUAGAUUUUUUCUGAGUUCAAAAGAAAUUAAGUAGGUGGUCCCAUGGAAAAUGAUAUAUUUGAUCAGUUCUUCUAUAU